UAUAUCAGAUUUAAAAAUAUAAAAAUAGGCCAAGUUAUUUUAUUUAAUAUCUUAAAUUUUCAUUAAUUGUCAAUUAUAAGUGCAUUUCUGUUGUCAAUGUGCUACUUGCAACGGUUCAUUGUUGGCGCACGUCAACGCUCAUGCGCUUUUAUAUCUCUAUAUAUUAUGAUGAACUCAAUUUGUAAAGCAACAUAAUAAUGACCACUGCGAAUCCAAUUGGUGGCGAUGCACUUCGGAUAUCCGACCACAAACCUCUGAUCACAUGUGAGUGUUUUUUUAUCUCCAAUUUUACAUUAUACUCAUGGUGAUUGAUGAAUGAUUGUUUAAUAGAUGCCGGUGACAAGGAAUUGUUUGAAAAUUUAAAACUGGUGCUCAGUCAGUCGCUCAGCCAAGAACCGAUUGAAUGGAGACGCCAGUAUGCCAGACCUAUGAAAAUGGUCACAUUAUCUACAGAAUUUGUACCAUUUAACAAGGACGCCGUUGCUGAACAAAUUAAUAGUCGAAAUUUAGUUGGCCGUCCAAUAAUGCAUACAUUUUGGACACAGUGUUUAGUAAGUAAUUUGCAAAUAUCUUUAUCUAAAUUUUCGUAAAAUCAUUUCUCUUCAAUUUUUAAUUUUUAAAAUUAAACAUUAAUAAAAAAAUAGUUAUAUAUUGAAAAAUAUCAUAAUUGUAUUAAAACAUGUGUUAUUACUACUAUUAUUGCAAUAGUUUCAAUCUUAACUAUUUUUUGAAUUAUUUUUAGGAUAUGGAAGUGUACAAAUCAUUAUUAAGAGAUGAAAUAGAAAAAUGGAUGUUCGAAAUGAAUAAGCAUAACAUUAUUGAUUGGGUAAUAGUUGUAGUUGAAACGUAUGAUCUGAGAAAACAUAAUAAGUUAUUGCCACGAACAACUGUCUUUGACAAGAUCAAAAGUGAUUUUGCAGAAAAAAAAGCUGAUCGGUACGCUUUGAAUUUAUUUAAUCAUUAUUAAACAUUAAUUACAGUAUUUUAUUCCUAUUUAGCUGUUUAUCUGUAAUAAAUCCUCCUAAAUCAGAAGUACGGUGUGGCAGUAGUGCAUGGCGAGCUUUAAUUGCUAAUGUACGUUUAUUAAUUUUAUCUGCAUUUGAUAGAUUGUUUUUAAAAUAUGAAGAUAACAUAAGAAAUUAUAGAGAACAGCGAAAUGAUCCAUCUUGGAGUUUUUGCAAAUAUUUUUUGUACCAAGUAAUAGUCAUUCAUUUUAAUCUUAUAAUUUAUAUGUUUAUAUAUGUAAAUUUAUAUUUUAAACUCAAAUUAUGUUUGUGUAGGAAGAAUUGGCUUUUGCCCUCCAAAUGCUUGGGCUUCAUGAUGAAGCUUUAGUUCAAUAUGAUGAACUAGAUGCCAUGUUUACUCAAUUUAUAUUAAAUUCACCAGUUGGAAGUAAAAAAAUAUGCUUUUUUUGUGAUUUUUAUUUAGCCUAUUUAUUUUUUUAUUGUUGUUAAUAUAGACGUCCCCCAUUGGUUGACUGAAUUUCAAGGAGUCUUAGAACGGUGGUCUGCUGUAUUAUAUAUGGAAAAUAUAAGUCGAACACAAAGAGAAGCCAUUAAGAAUAGAAAGCUAUCUCUUCUUGAAUUCAGGUGCUAUUUGUUUUCUCGUCAAGCAUCCCUAUUAAUGGCUGCAUCUAAACCUUGGCAAGUACGUGUUCUUUUUAUUUGAUUUGCUAAUUUUUAUUAAAUAAAAUGUGACAUUGACUUGAUGUGUUAAAAUAUUUAUUCCUUAAUUCCUUGUUUGAAAUGUAUUCUAUCGUUAGGUUACAAAUUUAUGUUAUAUUGAUACAUGAAUUACAAUAUAGUAAUAAGAAAAAGCAAAAUAUAUGGAAACAUAAAUAAUCUAUAUUAAAAUAUAAAAUUAAAUAAUUAAAAUAAUUAAAUAAAUAAUUUGAAAAAAUUGAAAUUAAUUUAUGUGAUCACAGACAUAAUUAUAUUCAUUAUUAUGAAAGAAGACAAAUAAAAUAUCACUUUUAUAAUCUGUAUAGUUUAUCUAUUGCUAAAUUGUUUUUUGUUUCAUUUUAUAUUAUGAGUAAUUGUAAGUAAUUUAUCAAUGUAAUAUAAAUAUGUAACCUGAUAAUGAUAUAACUCUGAAAUUAAUAGCUAUUAAAUACAAAUUUUAAAACUAUGUUUUUUUAUUUUAUUUAACAUAUAAAAAAAUAUUUAGAUUCUCUGAUUAACAUUAUUAAUUUAUAUAACACUUCAAAGAAAAUUAUGCUUGUACAUUUCAGGUAGCUGAAAGAGCAUUAAUAUUUCUCCAUCAGGCAGUAAGUGACUUAAAAACAUUGGAAAUUGAUUGUCCAAAAGGUUCAGUUGCUUGUUGGGUAUUGCAGUGUUGUGCUCAAAUAUUAAUAAUUUGCCAAACUGUAAAAAAAUCAGCACAUUUAGAAGAAUGUUCUCAUCAUACAGCUCCACUUCUAUAUUAUUCUCUAAAAAAAGUAUGUUACUAUUUUUUACAUAGCAACUUACCAUGAAUUGUUUUAAUAUUUAUUUAUUUUGUAGUUAUAUGAGUUGGGUGAACUUUGCGGCUUACUACCAGACAGUGUUCAAACCACUGAGCAACUUCACACUGUACAAGUUUUAUGUAGUGGAAUGCAAAGUGGUCACGAUUUGACUGCAGCAACUGAAUCUGUAGCAACACUUAAAACUGCUCUAUCAUCUUCCGAAACAUUUAGUAAACAUUAUUUGGUCUGUUAAAAUAUUGUUUGUAUAUAAUAUUUGUAAAAUUAUAUCAAUGAGACUAUUUAUUAUUUAGGAUGUUGCCGAGUUAGCUAUAAGCACAUAUAAACAUAAUAAAUUGAUGAGAUGUGCACACAGUUUGGUUGGUUUAGAACUAGCUAAAUUUUAUACUUUAUCUGGGGAUACAACCAAGAGAACUGCAUUUUUGGUUAAAGCUCUAAAAUUAUUUGAACAAGAUAAUUGGAAAUUAUUAAUAGUACAAACAAAUUUAGAAUUAGUCAAAUGUUUUAAAAAAAUCGGCAAUGUUGAUCAGUAUGUUUAUUUGAUUAUAUCAUAUCAAAUUGUUAUCGAGGUUUUUACCUUUGUUAUCAUUAUAUCAUUAAAUUAAUUUAAUUAAUUAAUUAUUUUUUAAAAUUUUAGGUUUGUUAAAACUUGUUUACAGUUAGCUUCAUCAUCUGAAUGUAACAUACAAGUUAGACAAAAUCAUUUUGAUCAAAUGUUAAGUAUGAUUCAGGAAUCAAAUGUAGGUAAGUGGUUUAUGAUAACAAUGUAUUUAAUUUUGAUAUUGUUCUGGAACAAUUUUGAUCUUAAUAAAAAUUAUAAUUAUAAAAAACAUAAUUUGAAGAAUAGUAAAUUGUAUUUAAUACAAAUUUUAUAUUUCAAUUUUAAAACCUUAUAAAUAUAAUAAAUACUGUUACUAAAAGGAUCUAACAAAGAUUUUUUUUAAAUCUCAUAAUAAAUGGGAUAAAAUUAGACAAUUUAAGGAAAUGUAUUAUUUUAAAAUUGUAGAUAUUAUGACUUCAAAAUAUGUAUAACCGAACUUUGCUCUUUUUUCGUUAGUAAUGAUUAAUUGUUGCGUUCAGAUAUACAAUUUCCUCUCUACCUUCUCAAAUUUCCCUAUACUACAGUGGCCCACUCAUCUUUCGUAGUAUGUUUGUUUAUUUUUAAUUAUCAAUUUUGUUAUAGAUAUAGAUAUUUAUAUAUCUUGAAUUCUGAGACUAUUCAGCGGUCAUUCUUACAUAACAUUAUUGGAAUUUAAAUAUAAAUAUAGUUAAAAUUGUAUUUAAUUCUUUUAAAAAGGUAUUUUAUUUUUGUGGGUUUCUAGAAUGUUUUUAUCCAAUGGACGGUGUGAUAGUUUUGGAUCAAAUUGAUGUAAAAAGUAAUGAUGAAGAUAAUUACCCAUCAAUAGUCUCAUUAAAAUUUAAAAGCAACCUUCCUAGAAAUGUAGUAUGUCCAAAAAUUUCCAUUUCUGUGGUUAUUGGCUCUGCUAUGAAGAAAAUGAAAAAUAAAUUUAAUUUAGCCAAAAGUACUUACAGUUAUGAUAUAAAAAAAGAUAAUGUAUUACCUAUGGCCUACAAUCAUAACUAUCAACAAGAUGGUCACUUUGCAUCAACUGGUAUACUUUGUUUAAAUCAAAAAUCAUACUUAAAGUAAGCAGUACUAAAUUAUAAUUAAGUCAUUUAUCACUAGUAGUUUUAAAAUUAUAAUGCUUAUUUCCGUUAAUAAAAUAUAAUAAAUAAUUUAAACAAAAUACUGCUUUAAGUUAAACUUUUAAUCAAAUUUAUUACAAUUUCCAACUGACUACCAUCUAUAAAGAACCAGAAAAUACCCUUGCCCUUCAGUUCUUUGACAUUUAUCUUAUAUUUAUUUAUUUUUAUAUAGACGACAAGAUAGUCAAAGACGAAAACCAUCAACAAAUUUUAAUAAAAAUGAUUUUCAUGAUAUAAUAUCUGCAAAUAGUGUUACUAUUACACCGGGGAUAAAUGUUAUUGAUCUAACACUGAACGUAAAUAUUAAUAUUUCUCAAUAUUUGUAUUAUUAUCAAAAUGACAAUAAUGUAUAAAUUGCUAAUAAAAUUUAGAAAUCUAUUUAAAUUUCUAUGUAGAGUUAAAGUUGUAUAUAACAAUUACUUUGCAAUUAAAUUAUUAUGUUUUAGAAAGCAUAUUUAAUGUAUUUAUAUUUUUUAUAUUUUUAGAAUUCCAAAAAUAUGGAAUCUGGAAUUUACUUUUUAGACAAAUUAUCCAUAUUAUUAGAAUCUCGUCUAGAACUUUUGACAAGUGUACCAUUUGGCCUUAUGUUUGCGUUGAAAAAUGUCAACUCAACUGCUCGACUUGAUUUAUCAGAUAAUCAAUGUUUAUUUGCCGGGGUUGAAGAAAUGUCUAUAUUGUCACUUCAGUUUGGAACAAAAUCAAAAAAAGUAAAUUUUUUUUUCUUGUCAACUAUAUUUUAUAAAAUAUUUUGUCUAUUUUUUACUAUUUUAAAAUUUUAGAUUAUUGAUAAAAUACAAUUACAUUCCACGCCUGGCUUGACUUUUUGUAUGAAAGAUGAUACUGAAUUUUGUUCUGAAAUAUAUGUAAAAUCUCCAUUUUCAAUGAGUUCUAAUAAUUCAGUAUCUUUACCCAUUAAAUUAUUUGCCCAGUUACCACCUUUAAAAGACAAUCCUAAGACAGUUCAUCAUAAGGUAAUUUUUAAAAUAUAUUUAUAAUGUGUUAAUAAUGACUACAAAUAUAUUUUAGCUAUGGGUAAAAUGUGAAACUUCAUUGGAUGAUGAAGAAGUGAUUUGUGUUUCUAUAGACUUUAGUCUUCCAUUUACCGUGGCUUAUCGGUUACACACUUGUCAUUAUCGUAAAUUUGUUGGUGUAAACAUCACUUGUCAUACUGAUUGGUCUUUGGCUUUAAGAGAACCAAAAAUAAUUGGUAUUAGUCAGCCUCCUACUAAUGUUAUGGUCAAGUUAACAUCAUUGAACUCAACAUUUAAACCCUUAACUGUAAGUAUUUAAUAAAUAUUACAAACUAGCAUUAACUUUUCUUUUAUUAUUGGGUUAAACAUUAGGGGUUUAAAUUUAGGCUGAAGAUUGCAUGCUGUGGACCUGAAGAAAUGUUCCUUUUUGGAGGUAUUUACCUCUUCAUAUUCGCACCUUUUUUGAAAAUUGUUGCAAAAUGUAUAUUUUACAUUUAGUAAAUCCAUUUUUUUUUUCUCAUUAUCCUAUCUCAAUAUUAGUGAUGUAUGUAUGAUAAAUACUGUAAGGAAUAUAUUUUAAUACCUGAGUAAUUUAUAGUACUUGGAAAAUGGUGAAACAAUUGGCUAUUUAUGGGAAAUUGAUUUACCAUCAACAGACAUUAACACACUGGGAAUUUUGGCUGAUUCAUUAAAAUUCAAUUUCCAAACUAAUUAUUCAUCUGCUAGAAAACUUGACUGUUCUCAUGAUUUAAAUUUUGAAUUUACAUUCAACAAUUAUAAGGUAAAAUCAAAAUGUUUGUUAAAACACUUUUCAUAAGUGUUUUCAGCAUAUUAAAGUACUGGCUAUGUAUUGAACAGACUUUAAUGUUAAUUGAAAGUGGAGUUGAAGUGGCUGGUAAAAGUGGAGAAUUUUGUCGCAUGAAUACAGUAUGUACUUACACUGCAAAUUUUAAAAGAACUGAACAUCCAAAGAGUCUUCAGAAUGAAAUUUCAUUUAAGUAUGAAAUUGUUGUAGACAAAACCAUGUGGGCAGUUUGUGGUCGUGGAUCUGGUGUGUACAUACAAUUUAUUAUUUUAGUGAAAUUGUUGAUUAGUGAUUCUAAUGUAACCAUUAAUGAUAUAUUCAAGAUUAACUUAAUUUCCCUAACAAUAUUAUAUAAUUUGCCCUGAUUAUUAAUGUGAAUGUUUCUUUUAGAUGUCAUUACGUUUCCAGCAAACUCAAUUACACAAAGUAUUUCAGUAGAAGUAAUGCCAUUGAUGAGUGGUUUUUUACCUAUACCUACGUUAAAUAUAUUUCGUUAUUAUCCAUCAAAUUCACGUCAAAAUACAGGUAAAAUUAAAAUUUCACUGAAAUGCAUUAUGAUCUAUCAUAAUAAUUUCUUCACAAUUUUCAUUAUUCGCCUUUAUUGGUUUAUCCCAUUUAAAUGGGGGUUAGUUGUUCUUAUUCUCGCCAAAAAUUCACUGAAAUACAUGAUAUGUAUACAUAUUAUAAAUUACAAUUAUUUGUUAGAAUCUAAAAUGGUACCAUUUUCAACCGGUCAAGUGUACAAUGCAACUAAAGGUGUUCAAACUCAUGUAUUACCUCGUGUUACUACAGAUGCGUCCUUCAUUUAAAAUUAUUUUUUCCAGUGUUACCUAAUUAAAAAUUGCUCAUUUUAAAUACACCAUAACUAAUUCAUAUAUUUUAUAUUUUAAAAUUAUAACUUCAUAUACAUAAUAUAUAUAUAAUUAUUUAUUUUAUUAUUCUUGUUGCCAUUAUUUAAAAUAUAUGCAUUAAUAUUAUAUACAAAUGUACAGGGUUGUU